AAUAGGACUCCGAUCAGAAUAUUUCGAGGUUUAAAAUGUAUGUAGUUUAUAUAUACGACUUUGACUGCAGUUGUGUAUACUUUAAUUUAUAGUUUACGAAAGUUGUAAUACGGUACUUAGGAAAUAAGUAAAGGAAAAGGAGGGACAAAAUGGCCGCGUUACCAAAAACAAUGCGUUCUCUCGUGGCGCCGAAAUACAGCUGGCCGACCGACUGGGAAGUCGCCAAUAUGCCUGUUCCAACAGUCACGAAUCCUAAGGACGUAUUAAUCAAGAUACACGCCGCGGGCAUAUCGACAGGUGAUACGCAGCUCGCGAGGGGAGCAUCAAGGUAUAUACUCGGAGAAUUAAAAAUGCCUCACAAGAUCGGCAUCGAGGCCGCAGGCGUUGUUGUCAAGGUCGGGUCAGGGGUGACAUUAUUUAAGCCCGGCGACGAGGUAUACGCAUUCGGACGAUCCCGGCCAAUGGACCUGACCGUCGACAAGGGGUUCUGCUCUGAGUAUGCCGUGGCUCAGGAGAACCUGACGAUUCCCAAGCCUACUGGCUCUUCCUUUGAAGACGUCUGCAAUAUCGCUAGCGUUGUUACUGCACUGCAGACCAUUGAGAUGGGUCUACGCCUUAUGCGCGAGAACGGCGUUACCGACGGACUCGAGGGCAAGACAGUAUUUGUACCUGGUGGUUUAAGUGCCACUGGCUCCAUCGCUAUACAGGUGCUAAAGAAUGUGUACGGCGUCGGCAAAAUCAUCACCACCGUGUCCACGGCCAAGGUCCCGCUCGUAGAAGAGUACCUCCCGGGGCUUGUCGAUCAGGUCAUCGACUACACACGCGUGAAGAAUCUAACGGAUGCCAUACCCCCGGGAAGCAUAGACAUGGUGUACAACACGCAAUGGAUCGUUACGAGCACUUUCCUGCUAGCGAAGCCGGAUGUAGGCGUCGUAGCGUCUAUCGCAAGCGUGCCGUCGCCGGGGCUGUUGCGCCUUAUGCUGCCGCCGCUGCCAUUUUUUAUGUACUGGAUCGUGGGACUUGCGCAGCUGUGGUAUAGGUUCAAACUGCGCGGCACAAACGUUAAGCAUGAGUUUCACUCAGGCAACCCCGGUGCACGUGAGGACCUCGAGCGCGCUGGCGAGAUCGUAGCUAUGGGUAAGGUCAAAAGUAUUCACCACGUUAUCGAGCUCGAGGACAUUGAUGUCGUGAGGAGGGAGGCGCAGAAAGUGGCUACGGGAAAGGGUGGAAUUGGAAAGCUGGUGAUUAAGAUUGCGAAAUAGGGGAGAUAUAUAAGUGGUAUUUGUAACAAUUAGACACGCGGUUUGAUAUUAUACUGUCACGGUAUGCAUGCAUGAUAAGCCAAGGGAAAUAGUUUAGAAGAUGCAAUGCGAAUAACUAUAGAACUACCACUCCAAUUAAAAACUAAACGAAAAAGAAUCCUUUAAAAUACAGACCGACGGGUCUCCUCUCCUACCUUACUACCUACCCCCUUACCCCUGA